AUGAACUUAACCAACGAGGUGCUAGCGCUGCAACUUAACCAACGAGGCGUGGACUGCUUUGACUUCGGGCUCCCCGGGGUCCUGGGCGUCGCGUUCGGAGGCUUUCUGAUUGGAGUGCUGCUGAUUGGAGCGCUGUGGUUCAUCAAGAUCAAAACAGGAUACCCCACGAGUUUAGACCUGACUUCAACAAUGGGAUGUCCUUGUUCCGGAGCAAAGCGACAGCCGGUUUCCUCCAACCCGUCCCCGUCGGAGAACAGCAGCGCCAACGCCAGCAUCGGCAGCACCCAGAGCACUCCCACCAGCAGCAUGGCAUGA